AUGAGCGAGAAAGUGGCGUCGACGCCGAAGCCCGACGAGGAGUCGACGGCCGUCAAACGCGCGCUCCUCUUCAUGUACUGGGUCGCCGCCCUGCUCGGCUCCGACUACGUCUUCACGCUCUCGUCCGGCCCCAACUACUUCACGCGCAUCGACACGGGCGGCGCCUUCGACAUGCGUGACAGCGAGCCGACGAAGGCGGCGAACACGCAGUUCUCGAACGCCUGGACGGUCUGGGCGGCGGGCCAGUUCGUCGGCAGCGUGCUGAGCAGGGCGCUCUCGGGCGCGCUGGGCUGGCGGCCCGCCCUGUUCGUCUACGUCGUCCUGAUGCUCGCGGGGAACUUGAUGUACGUCCUCGCGGACCCGAGCGUCGCGGGCUCGAUACGACUGGCCAUCGCGGGAAAAUUCGUCGACGGCCUGGGCUGCGGGGCGACGGCGCUCGGCAUCGGCUACAUCCCGACCGUGUCGGCGCACCCGAAGGUCGCCUCGUGGCGCAUGUCGACCUUCCGGCUGUUCGUUAGCGUUGGCAUGGUCGCGGCGACGGGUAGCUCUAUUGGCCUCGGCCACGCACGGUUCUCGGCCGGCGUCCAGUACAACCCGGGUAAUAGUCCCGCGGCGGUCCAGGCGCUCGCGUCCCUGGUGACGCUUCCCUGUGUCUGGGCGCUCGUCGUCGAGCCGGCCGGCGCGCGAACCAAGCGGUCGCUCAACCCCUUCGCGGGCUGGCGCGAGACCGGCGUGUGGACGCGGCAGACGUGCACCUGGCUGGUCUUCGUAUUUUGCUACGGUCUCGCGACGUCGGCGGCGAACUACUUCGGACCGGUCUUCCUGGCCGAGCAGCGCUGGCACCAACCCAAGAUCUCCCUCUGGCUCUUUCUCUUCCAGGUCGCCGGCCUCGGGAGCGGACUGGUCGCCGAGGUCUUGCUGGAGCGGACGCCCCUCGAGCACUACGACUGCAUCGCCGCCGGCUCGGCGGCCGUCGCGGUAGGCCUCGGCCUGAUGCUCGUCGGCCAGUCGCGGCCGUCGAUGACUUACGUCGAGACCUACUUCCUCGCGGGCUACCUCACGCUCGCGGGCGCGUCGACGGUAUUCUCGAUGGGCCUCUCGCCGGCCUAUAAGGGAAUCCUCCCGAAGACCGCCUUUGCGACGAUGAUGUCCGCGUACAAGGCGAGCGUCGACGUUGGGAAGAUCCCCGGCCCGCGCUGGUCGAACUUCGUCCAGCAGCACCUCGACAACGAGUACAUCGCCUACGUGCCGCUCAUCGUCGCCUUCUCCCUCAUUGCGGCCUUCGUCGUCGCCGGCCGGCCGUUCCUCACGAGGCCCUACGCGGCGACGACCAAGGUCGGCGCGGCGGAGUCGUGCUAG